UUCCUUCAAACCUCUCUCUCUCUCUCUGCUCUCUCCCCUUCUUCUGAAAUAUCUCUCUUUCUCCCAUGGAAAACCGAUUUAAGACGCGAAUCUCUCGCAUGUUUCGUGGCUCAUGCCGGACCCGAAACUUAUCGGACGUGAUUGAAAAUGCUGUGUUUGUGCCUCAAACCCAUAAGAAUUUCCACAUGAUCGAGCCUUUGCAGCCCAAGGUUCGACCUUUCCCUUCUAUUUGCAGACACAAAUGCCCUGAAGCAACAAACCAAGUCCUCAAUCACUCUAUCAUCUCCAGGAAAAAAUUAUCACACCGUUAUCCUCCUCUUAUAACUGCCAAUACUGGUGGACACAGUUCUUGCCCUCCUGCUUACCCCAUUUUUCCUUUGAAUCCAUUCUACAAAGACGUGAGUUUCAAAGAGAAAAAGAAGAGUUGUCGUUCAGUUAAAAGCAGAAGCAAAAAGAAGAAUAUCAUUGGCAAGAAAGAACAGACGAGUUUGUUCAGAUCAUCUUCACAGGAUAGUACAUAUUUUGGAGGUAGCUAUUAUUGGUUUAGCAGCGAAGAUGAGGACAACAGAGGGGAUGAGUCGGACACUCUUUUCUCUUCAAGAAGUCUUUCUUCGGAUUCAUCAGGAUCUCUUAGCCACCCUUCUCGCGGAAAAAAGUUCACUUCUCGGAGGAGAAGGGCCAAAGUGAAGAGUUCUCAUGUGGGUGUUUUGCCAUUAGAUGGCAAAGUUAAGGACAGCUUUGCAGUGGUGAAGAGUUCCAGUGAUCCUUAUAAUGAUUUUAGAACAUCAAUGGUUGAGAUGAUUGUUGAAAAGCAGAUAUUUGCAGCUAAGGAUCUUGAACAGCUUCUGCAGUGUUUCUUGUCUUUGAACUCUUAUCAUCAUCAUAGGAUUAUUGUUGAGGUUUUCAUGGAGAUUUGGGAGGUUUUGUUCUGUAAUUGGUCUUGAUUAUGAGCAGAAAAUAAAACUGUACUGCUUGUUAACUUUCUGCUAUCUUUGUUUUAAACUAUGUAGUUUAGAGUUCUAACUCUGAUAAACUAUGUUAAUUAAUAGAUUUUCUUUCUCUGUUAUUUUCUCGA